AUGCCGCCCAAACGCACUACUCGCCGGGCUGGCGCGACUCCUCAGAGGACACAUCUGGGACCCGAAUAUGAGUCCAUUCUCGACCGUGCGCAAGCGCCUGUUUUGCCCAGUAUACCAGUCCAAGCUUCGUUCAACUAUGGCGCUGCUACCACUACAGCAUUACCUCAGCGCAUGUCGAUAAGGCCCAACAUUGGGAUUGAUCAGAUGGCUGGGGUAGUCGAUGCCCAUCUUGAGACUGCUCGAAGGCGAACAGCGGCUACAAAGAAGAAGCAAGGCACUCAAACACGCAAGCGUGAGCCAACCCCCGACGAAGCUCAGCUUCAGCAGUCGUUGCACCAUGCAGCAGACGAACACUCUGAUAAAACUCCCUCGCCCCCUGUUCCACGUUCAGUCUCUACAGAUAGUCCUGACGCUCAACCUCCAUUACAACGCCAGUUGUCAAAUUCUCCGCUUUAUCCAUCGCCACUUCAACGGAUGGGGUCUCCCCGCAUUAAUAGCCCUAUGGAUAGUUCGCCAUUCCGCCAUAGCUCUGUUGAUAAUGCUUCUGUGGUAUCUUGGAAUCUGGAACGCGAUAUUAACGAAGAUGACCUGCAAAGAACGCGACCAAGUAAACAUGGACGCAACAUCACGGCGCCACCUCGGCGAAUUUCUGGCCUGGCUAAUGUUCUCGAGGAGGACGAAGAAGAAUACGUUAAGUUUGAAUCGACAAGUUAUCAAGAUUUGGAGCCCGAUGCUCCCAAGGAAAGCUUUUUGCGUCGAUGGCUAGGAGCAGUGCGACUCCGACGGAGGGAGCCCCAGAUUCGCAAUGAAGCCCCCAGCGAGGCACGCCGAAAAAGCUGGGCGCAGAAGUUUACAGCAGCAAUGGACGGCCCACACCAAAACUGGAUUCGGGCUGCCUUCUAUUUGCUUCUGUUUCUGAGCUUCAUUUUCGUGCCCCUGAUCGCCGCGAAGCUCCGUGACUAUCUCGCGCACGAUUCUCUGGAUUGGGAUUCACCUUCGAACAUGAGCAUCUCUAAACCAGAAGUUUUCCACAGUCUUCGGAGCCAGGUAUCGAAAAUGGAUGUUCAGAUGUCAUCCUUGUCGAAUGAGCUCAGUUCUGUUCGAUCAGGGCAGUCGCUUUCCAGCGUUCAUGAUUCGACGCCCACAGACCCAACCCUCCAUCGGAAGCCGGUCUACAAGGUAAAUUUCCUCUCGGUGGCGUUGGGGGCGAUGAUCGACCCAGCAAAAACUUCACCUACUUUGGGUCCCAAACAGAGCGCUUCUUUCCGAGCACUCCUCUGGGCGAGUUCAUUUGUAUCCAGACGCACCAUCCGAGCACCACAAUCUCCUAUGUCUGCGCUAAGCACGUGGGAAGAGGUAGGCGACUGCUGGUGCAGUGCCCCUCGAAACGGAACAACCCAACUUGCUGUACUUCUUGGCCGUGACAUCGUGGCAGAAGAGUUGGUAGUUGAGCACAUUCCCGUGGGUGCCUCUCUCGAACCAGAAGCGGCACCUCGAACAAUCGAGCUAUGGGCUCGCUUCAAAGUGAAUCCCCACAAAACACCGAUCAAAGCCAAACCAACACCCGAGGCCAGACCUGGCCGUGGCUUCCUGAAAGUAUUUGGUGAUGCCACCAUGUCACAACCGCCACCGUCAACACAGGCUCCUUCAUCUCGCGAAACAGGUCUUGGGGGAUUCCUAAUCCCUGGAAUUGGCUCGCUUCACGGGUUGGUGAUGGAUCUAUUGCACCGGAGUAACCCAUUCGAACCCCCAAGCGCUUACUCAGACGAUCCAAUCCUCGGACCCAACUUUUAUCGCAUCGGGAAAGUGGAAUACGACCUCCACAGCCCAGACUACGCGCAGACAUUCAAGCUGAACACCAUCGUCGACGUAUCAACUAUUCGUGUUGACAAGGUUGUUUUCAGAGUGACUUCAAAUUGGGGUGCCAACCAUACAUGCAUCUACCGAUUCAAGUUACACGGGCACAUCUAG